AUUGCGCCACCUUCGAACAUACGCCGCCAGGCAGCCACACCCCUGCCGACGCACUCACGUAGGCAGCGAUCGGAAAAGCGCGCCCCCCCCCUCGCCCAACAAAGACCCAGCCUGCUCGGCGCUGAUUGGCCUUCUGCUCCGGCAAGAAGUCCGGUCCUUUGGCGGUCGCUGCUGGCGCUGACUCCCCGAAGAGGCCCCAAUGGCCAAACCCCCCGGGGGAUCUACUCUUUCCGCUCCACCCUCACCUGGCCAGCCUGGCCGGGAGUCUGACGCCUCUCCUCGCCUGGACUGGGAAGACCUCGGACCGCAGGCCCCCCUGGACCGGAAGCACUUGCCGCCCUCCUUCGACACCGGCCUGGCUACCGAAUCCACCGAGAGCGUGGUGCAUCUGGGCAUCGAGCCGGCAGGAAGCAUGACUGGCCCGUCCCGGAGCGCCGGGGGCUCGACCCGCCGAUCAGGCACCGGGGCCCAGAAGGCCACGCCCCUGCCGGAGAGUGGCCUCCCGUUGACCGACGCCGGCCCCUUCGGUGAUGACGAGCACAGCGGCACCGAGUCGCCGGCCUCGCGGCCGGACAGCCCGGACCUCGGGACCGAUUCGCCCGGCGGCCCGGGGGUCGAGGUGGGCGCCCUGCUGAGCCCGAGCCGCCGGGAAUUGUCUCCGGGCCAAUCGCCCACCUCCUCGGGGGACCUUUCCGACCAGGAUAGCACUGACCGCGCGCCGGACGCCUCGACCACCGGGCUGGUGCCCAGCCGCGGAGAGGCUUCCAGCCGCGGGGAGGCGUCCUCCUGGUCUUCCACUUCGCCGCUGGUGUCACCGGUCGGCGCCGGCAUCGGGGCCGCCGCCUCCGGCGACCGGCCCUUCUUCUUCACGGCCGCCGGGCCGAGCUCCCCGGCGCUGAUGGCCACCGGCGGCGACACGGACAUGAUGUCGCUCAUCUCGCCGCAGCUGGGGCCCGUGGUGGCGGGCGGCCCGCGGCGCAGUCGCUUCCAGCCAGCCCCCGGGGCCGCGGUGCACAGCGCCUGGGCCGGGCAAAAGGCCGGCCGGAGCACCACCGCCCCUGGCCCGGGGGAUGGCGCCGACAGCACCGAGCACAGCGACAGCACCGAGGACGACGAGGAGGAAGACGACGACCACACCACCCAUAGCAGCGACAGCGAUGACAGCGAUGACAGCAGCAGCAGCAGCAGCAGCAGCAGCAGCAGCGACGACGACGACGACGAUGAUGAUGACAGCGGCGACGAAGGCGAGGCUCGGCCCCGGCGGUCGCGCCAUCGUCGGGCCCCGGGCCAGCGAGCUCCCUUCAAGCUGCAGCAGUUUACCCGCGUCCGGGAGAUUGAGAUCAGCAACGGACGAACCACGCGCCGGACGCUGCCCACCCGGGGGGACCCCUCGGAUGGGGGGCCCCUCCGCAUGAAAACCAUCGAGCACACUACCCCGGAGCUGAAGGCCCUGCCGAACAUGAGCCCAUCCCUCAGCGCGGCGUCCGGGUCGCCGGCGCUGCGGGCGCUGCUGGUCGGGGGCGGCCCAUCGGGCAGUCUGCCCGGCUCGCCGAGGAUGACCCCGACCAUGGACCAGAUCCCGGACAGCCCAUUCUACGGGGGGCCGCGGAAGCUGCACCGCCUGGCGGCCGAUGCCCCGAGCCCCAUGUCCUCGACUGACUCGGUCCGGCUGGGGGCCCGGGCGGACGGCCGGUCGAGGCGCGAUGGGGCCGGGCAGCCGGCCCGCCCGGACCGCCGCCCCUUGAUGGCCCUCUUGGCGUUGGCAGCCUUGGCUUUCGGAUAUUGGUGGCGCUCGCGUGUGGGCGAAGCCCUGCUCGCCGGCCGCACGGUGUCCUGGGCGGGGCUGAGUGACAAGUUCCCCGGGGCGGAGCUGGCCAGCGUGGCGGUCGCCGGGCCGGCGGCCCUGCUGGCCCGGGUGGACCCCGGCGCCCUGCCAAGCUUCUAUCCCCUGGCAGACCACUGGCUGCGGCAGCAGAAUGGCCUCGACGAGGCGGUGGCCCGGUUCCAGGGCAAUGUCACGCGCUUUGCUGAGGCGAGCGCCGCCGGCAUGGGCGACGGGGCCGCGAAACCGGGGGCCCCGACGCCGAGCGCCCGCCCGGCGAUCGGCCAGCUGGCCAGCUGGUCGGUGCUGGUGCGGGACACGGCCCACCGGCUGGCUGCCGAGCUACGUGCCACGCAGGAGGCCGACCACGGCGAGGGGGCCGGGCUGGACCCGGAGGUGGCCGCCCAGGCGACCAUCCUGGACGCGCUUGCCCGCCUCGGCCUGCCGGACGACGACAUGCCCGCGGCCGGCGGCCCGGGCAGCGGGACCGCCGGCACCGGGGUCCCCACCUCCGUGUAUAGGGCGGAUGUCGGCGGGCGCUACCGCGUGGUGUAUGCCGCGCGGUGGGCCGAUUGCCGGGCAUACUCUCGGGCCUGCAAUGCCGCCGAGUCACGCGCCCCGAGCACGGUCCUGCUCUUGUCCAACGCCCUGGCCACCGCGGCGACGGCGGCGGCGGCCGAGGCGUCGACGACCUUCGUCACCACGCCCAGCCUGGAGCGCUUCAUCUUGCGCUCGUGCGACCCGCUGGGAGUCGCAUGGGGCGGCAUGGGCUCGGCCAGCCUGUUCGCCGGGCGCCCGCGGCCGGCCACCGAGCGGGGCUGGCUGGCUGGCGGUCUGGAAGCCGACGAGGCGGAGGCCCUGGCAGCGGAGGCCGGGCAGGCGGCGCGCGCGGCGCGGCACACCCCGGCCGGCGGCCACACCCCCGACACCGAGGAUGAGGACGACGAAUUCGCCAUCCCCCCGGUGCAGCGCGGCUUCCUCGGCGAUGAGGCCGAGGCGGGGUUCAUGCGCCGGACGCUGGCCGCCGACUUCGACGGGCCCAUCUUCGAUGUGGUCAUGCCGCUGCGGGUGGAGCUGCGCGACCGGCCGGGCAAGGCGCUGCCCCCGGAGGAAAAGGCCCGGGCCGUGCAUUUGCUCCUGCUGGAUCUCGGCCUGGGCGAGCCCCGGCGCCGGGGCGCCCACGAGCUGGCCUCGCGCCUGGACCGCGAGCGCCUGGACCUGCUGGCCGGCCGCGGGCAGGACCCGGCCACGGCCACCGGCGACGCGGCCCCCCCCGCCGGCAAGGAUGCCCCUGCCCGGCCGCCGCCGCCGGAAGACCCCUAUGCAAAGGUGUAUGCGGCCCGGUCGCAGGAUGACCGGUAUUUCCAUCGGAGUCGCUUCGACCAGCGCCUCGGCCGUCGGGUGACCAUCCUGCCGACGGGCGGGCUCUUCGCGCCGUCGGGCCCCCGGCCCUCCAAGGGGCCGACCGUGCACCCGGAAAUCCGCCUGAUGGCGGGGGUCUUGGCGGCCGUCCGGGACACCGAGGCCCCGGCCCUGACGGCGGCCAAUGCCCCCGGCUACCGGUGGCUGCCGACCGGCAGCGCGUACGAGGGGGCCGGCAUGCUGCAGCAGACCCCGUCCGCCACCGGGGUCCGGGCCCUGCUUCUGCCGCCCUGUGCGGCGCCCGCUGCCCCGGGGGGAGACCGGCUGGCACGGGCCCUGGGCCUGUGCCCGAAUGGCCCGGAGCCGGCGGGACCUCAAGCGCCGGGAGCGGCCCCGGUUGAGGUGCACCCGGGGUCGGGGCAGUUCCUGGGCCGCCCGAGCGCCCUGGUCUCGACCGGAGGUGGGCGCCUUCGCCGGGCGUGCAUCUUCUGGGGACUGUGUGCGGACUCGCGCGCGGCCGCCGUGUCUCGUCUGUGGGAAGAGGCCCUGGCACCGGGCGCGCUGGCCGGCCUGCCGGAGGAUGCCCGGCCGGCCGGGAGCCUCGCCGGGACCGAUCUCCGUCGAGUGCUCCUGUCGCUGGUCGUCACCAGUGCCGAUGCCCUGUUCGAGGAGCAUUGCGCCCGGGCCGCCGAGUCCCAGUGCAACAUUUUGGAGUUCGAGUCGCCGAUCGCCGUGGCUAGCGCCAUUGUGGAAAAGCUGGCCGAGCGCAUCCUCCAGCAGAUGGCCCGGCCAGAGCCGGCCCCGAGCACCGAGCGCUCCAACCUGUCAGACGACGUGAUUCUCGACAUCCUCACCAAUCCGAUCCACCAGCCGAUGGGCCUUUUGUCCCUCGGCCCGGGCGCCGACCGCCUGGCCAUGACCCAGGCUGGAGGCCAGCCGCUGGCCGACGAGGUGGCCCUCGGCGUGAUGAACUUCCACCGGCAGAUUGUGGAGUUCGCCGAGCGCAAGCGCUGGGUCUACUUUGUCCGGUCCACGCGCAAUCCCUUCCUCUGGGACCGGAUUGUGGAUGGCGACCCGGCCAAGGCCAACAUUCGCGAGGACAAUGGCGAUGACCUGUGACAGGGCCCCUCCCUGGGGGGGGGGCGGGGGCGGGGGG